AUGAGACUAUAUGACCUUGGGCAAAUACAGUUUUUAUUCGAAUUCUUCUGUUUUCUUUCUCCGCCCCGAUUUCGGCAUCAAUCUCGCCCACGAUUGGCUGACUUGGUGGUCUCCACUCGCCUGCAGUUGCGUCAGUUCCUGCUGGCCGUCUAUCUUGAACCGAUGCAGUUGAGACCCGCCUUCAUCUGGCAUUGGUCGGUGCAGGCGUUGAAACGAGUCGACUUGACGGCCGUGGUCGGCUGCACCACGCAGACCGGUCUCCUCAUUCGUGGCGAUUGUCUGAGUCCGUCUCCUCUUCCGUCC